AUGCCUCGUAGACCACCUUCACCACCAUCAUUCUCGCCUCCUCUUCCCACGGAUCAGCUUCUAGUUCAUCUGUUAUCGCCUCAGGGAUCCAACAACUUUCUUUGUGAAGACGUGAAUGGUUCAGAGAGAUUAGUCGAAGUCUCUUCCAAAUUGAGAAGGGUCAAGAGUCUUAUAGUGAUGAGAGGCGACUUCGCAGUCAUUUCGAUAUUCCCAUCUGGACCCGAAUCCGACAAAGGAGGUAGAUUAGUAGGUGAGAUAGUCCAUAUAAUGGAUAAAUCAGAUAUAAGAGAAUGGAAAAAGGCCGGUUCAUGGCCAGAAGGGUUUGGUGAGAAACCCGUUCAUGCUCAAGAUGAUCAGUAUAAAGAUAUAUCCGAUGAAGAUGAAGCUGAUUACCAAGAUGACGAGGAAGAAGAAGAAGAAUACGAAGACCAAAGUAGAUAA